CACAUAUAACGUAGACGGCACCUCCAAAUAGAACUACAAAUCCCAUCAUGUCUGUUCUCAAGCGACCAAUGAGCGUUCAAUAUUAUAGUCUCUUGAAGUCCGCCAUCCAAUCAGAGAAUAGGAUGCUGGAUCACAUGACGCGGGGUUUGAGCCUUCAUUCUACGCCGAGGGACGUAGCCGCGCGUCCUGCGGGAGAAACUGAAACUCACGCACCGCGCUGUCACUGUCGUGUUUUGUGCUCUUCCUGUGAACUUGAUACGCGACGUGAGGCUGGUUGUGCUCGGGGAUUGCCCCGCAGAAGCGAUCAAACAUGCCGGUCCGUAUCGACAGCUGUCAGGGCUCGUCGCUGGCCUGUUUGGCCUCGGCCUCUCUCGUUCCUCCCCCGCCGAUCAAUACCCAUCAGCCCGGCGUCAACACCUCUCUGCUUUACAGCGGCUCCCAGUUUCGCGGCCACCAGAAGAGCAAAGGAAACUCGUAUGAUGUCGAGGUGGUUCUGCAGCACGUGACUAUGGAGGACUCGUACCUGUGUGGAUACCUGAAGAUCAAAGGUCUGACGGAGGAAUAUCCCACUCUGACUACAUUCUUUGCCGGGGAGAUCAUAAGCAAGAAACGGCCCUUUUUAACCAGGAAGUGGGAUGCGGAUGAGGAUGUCGACCGUAAACACUGGGGGAAAUUUCAGGCAUUUUAUCAGUAUGCCAAAAGUUUUAACUCGGAUGACUUCGACUAUGAAGAACUAAAGAACAGUGACUAUGUUUUCAUGCGGUGGAAGGAGCAGUUUUUAGUUCCAGAUCAUACAAUCAAAGACAUCAGCGGUGCUUCCUUCGCUGGCUUCUACUACAUCUGCUUUCAGAAGUCUACAGCCACCAUUGAGGGCUACUACUACCACAGGAGUUCUGAAUGGUACCAGUCUUUGAACCUUACCCAUGUCCCUGAACACAGCGCGCCCAUCUACGAGUUCCGGUGACACUUAAGUCCUACCGUAGAGGGUGAAACUACAGAAGAGAGACAUGAGAGAAAGAGAGGAACUGUGAUUAUUACGCCAAGGACUCGGCUGUCCUCUCCCCUCAAUGAAAGAAUAAAACGGAGGUAGAGACAACAAGAAUUAUGGAUGGAGAACUCUUUCAGGAAACUGUCUACAGAAGCGAAUCAGCGAGUGGAAAUCUGGGACUUGUAUCAGUAUUAGCGUUUGAUUUUCCUUUUAUGUUUUUGAGUUUCCUUUUAUGUUUUUGAGUUUUUAAAGCUUCUGUCCUACGAUCAUCUUAGAAAACCAUUUUUAUUCUUUACCUUUUGGGAUUAAAAUUACGUUGUUGUUUUUUUCUUUGCCCUGGAUGCAAGAGCUAAUUCUUUAUGAUUUUAUUUGAUUUUACUUUAAAAAAAAAAAAAAACACAAAAAAACAGCAUGGCCAAUCUUGAAAGCCAAUUUAGAAAUUUGCUUUAAUUUAUUUUUUUUUAAUCAUUCUGUAUGAAAAGACUAUGAUGAAAUGAAAAUACAAAGACUGAACAGGACGGUGUAUACAGACACAAGGGAUGUCUUUGAAAGAUGUGUCCAAGAUUCAGCACGCAUUUGAGGACGAUAUCUUAGAAAUGAUGGAAAUGGAGAGUUGCUAUUUGGCCCUCGGACGUUGUUUUUGCAUAAACAAAGGUGUAUCAUCAAAAGUCACAUAGAUAGCAGCUGGGUCCUUUAUUCUAUGUGUGCUAUAUUUUUAUUAUGAAAUGAAUGGAGUCGGGUGUUUUGGAAAGAGGUAUAUAUAUAUAUAUAUAUAUAUAAAUAUAUUAUCACAUGGUUGUAAAGCUGCUUCAGAUGAAACUUCUCUUUCCAAAUUUGAAAAAAAGUUAUCUGUCGGUAGUUUUACGCUCCUUGUUUUGCUAUGCAACCUGAAAAAUCUCAGCUUGAAAGAAUCUCAAGUUUGAUCUUCGGUUUGAGAAUAUUCACACCUCUCACUCGCUCACUUUAAUAUUCACUGCUCAGAGACUAUUGAUUGUCACUCGGCAUGUCAGAAUGCAAGGCUGCAGAAGCGCGGCAUUGCUUUCAGUUUUGGCGAUGAUGUCAUAGUGCAUAGGAUAGGUGUUUUUAUGAGGGCUCAGGAAGAUGUAACAUUUUUAAAAGCAAACAGGCCAGAUGUGGACAACAACGCUGUCAUGUUACGGCCCAUCGGCCUCGAUCUCAAACAGUCAUUUUUGACUGGUGGUUCAUGUUAAGACGGCAGCUGGUCGAGUUCUGUUGCUAUGGCACAGACUGCCUGCAAGAGCUGCAGUCCUCGCCUCUUAAAGUCUAACAACACACAAAAUAAAACAUCUGAGGCUUUAAGGAACCUCUCGUGAGGUAUUGAAAGAUCAUUAUUUUGUUUGAUGACUACAAGCUACAUGAUACAAAAAACAAGUCAACAGAGUCAAUUUAAGCUUUAGUCAAACCCUUUGCCUUAAAAGCCAGAGAUUUGUCUAUUAUACCACUUUUAUAAGCAUUCAAGUCGUUUAAGCUCUGUACAGACAGGAAGAUGUCUUUGAAUUGGAAAUGAAUGUGAGUGUUCGGGUGAAGGCGUUUGAAAAUGAAAGAAUGCUGUACCUCAUCCGCCAAAACCUCCUUUUGAAAAGUAGACUAGUGAAUAUUUAAUAACAGGAUAAUCCAGCAACAUCUCGGCAUUAUUGUUUUUUGGCGUAAUCAUGUUGAGAUAUCAGAAUGACAUUGUGGAUUCAAGGCGAGGGUGAAAAAAAAGAUGCAGAAUGAACCACAAGACGGAUUAGAUGGGACUUUUGUGAGACCUAAUUCCCAUGCAAAAUGAAACAUCCUAACAAUUGCCGUUAUUCAAAUUUAGUAAAUUGUACUUUAUUUUUUCCUGUUUGAUUUCUCGUGUUGUCUUUAGCAAAAGUAAAGAUGCAAGAUGUUUGUGCUGGAUUGCACCUAAUAAUUUGCUUCCCUCAAGGUCAAAAUUGAUGCUCAUUUUAAAAGACAAUGAAUUCUUACUGCACAAACACUGUUACAGUGCAAAAAGAGAGGGGUGUACAUAAUAAAGCUAUGUUUGUGGUGUACAUGAAUGAUUCAGAUCUCUCAAAUUAUGAGUGAUCUUUUUAUUGGCACAAAAGCAUAAUAAAUAAAGACUACUGAAGGAUUCUGAAUGAUCUGAGUGGAGUUUCACAGGGGGGUUCUGCUGUUCUGGGUGCAUGACUUGUGCACUUUUGCAUGGAUUGAAGUUAUUUUAAUUGACUGAAGUGAAAUAGAAGAAUGAUUAAUUUGCAUUACUAUAAAAUGGUUCUUCAAAAUAUGGCUUUAUAUUUAAAAUUGCAUUAGCAUAAUGAUAUGUAUGCAUGUUUGGAAAUUUGAGCCUUUACAAGCAGCUUUCUGAACCACUAGAUGGCAUAGUGUCUCUAAUUCAUGGGCUGUGUUAUGAAUGGAAUGCUGGAGUACUGUAUAUGCUAAAUACUACCUACUAUGUUUAAAAAAAAUUGUAGGUAAAAGAGAAUGCAUUUUGCAAUGGUAAACAUACAGUAUAUUCAGAAUGGAAAACUAGCAUACCUAAUAUACUACCUACUAUAUUAUAUAAUACCUAUUUUUUAAAAGAAUAUGAAAUGGAAUGCAUUAUACAAUUAUAAAUGUUUCUAACUGAAUUAUGCUACAUUGUUGUCAUAACUUUUGCAAAAAUAUUGACUUAAAAAAAAAAAAAGCAAAAAUCGAGUUUAAAAUGAGGCACUUACAAUGGAAGUGAAUGAGACCAAAAAGCAUAAUAAUAAAACAAAAUCUUGGGGAGACCUA